AUGUCGAGGAAGUAUCCCGUGCACUACAAGAUCGCACUCAUCAUCAACUACCUGGGACACUGCAUCUCUGUGGGAGCGCUGGUGGUGGCCUUUGUCCUCUUUCUGUGCUUAAGGAGCAUUCGCUGUCUCCGGAACAUCAUCCACUGGAACCUCAUCGCUACGUUCAUUCUCAGAAACAUUAUGUGGUUUUUACUGCAGUUCAUCGACCACAACGUCCACGAGAGCAACGAGCCCUGGUGUCGGCUCAUCACCACCAUCUACAACUACUUUGUGGUGACCAACUUCUUCUGGAUGUUUGUGGAGGGCUGUUAUCUGCACACGGCCAUCGUCAUGACCUACUCCACAGACAAGCUCCGGAAGUGGGUUUUCCUCUUCAUCGGCUGGUGUAUUCCAUUCCCUAUAAUCGUGGCCUGGGCCAUCGGGAAACUCUACAAUGAAAACGAACAGUGCUGGUUUGGAAAAGAACCUGGGAAAUACAUGGACUAUAUUUACCAGGGACCAGUCAUCCUAGUGCUUUUGAUAAACUUUGUGUUUCUCUUCAACAUCGUGAGGAUCCUCAUGACCAAACUGAGAGCCUCCACCACCUCAGAAACCAUACAGUACAGGAAAGCGGUGAAGGCCACGCUGGUGCUGCUGCCUCUCCUGGGCAUCACCUACAUGCUGUUCUUCGUCAAUCCGGGGGAGGACGACAUAUCUCAGAUCGUCUUCAUCUACUUCAACUCCUUCCUCCAGUCUUUUCAGGGUUUCUUCGUCUCGGUUUUUUACUGCUUUCUAAAUGGAGAGGUGCGGUCUGCGGUGCGGAAGCGCUGGCAUCGGUGGCAGGAUAACCACGCUUUGAGAGUGCGUGUGGCGAGGGCCAUGUCCAUCCCUACCUCCCCCACUCGCAUCAGCUUCCACAGCAUCAAACAGACCACGGCCGUCUGA